AUGGACCCUCCCGCGGGCAUCGCCUGCGUCCUGCUCUGCUGCGCGCUCGCCCUGCCCGCCGGCGCCCUGCGGCGCCCCGGGGACAGAGAUUCAAUUCUGAGGAAUAUAGAGGAGUACAGCCUUGUCAUCCCCACCAGCACCGAUUCAGAGGGCAGGUUCCUAUCCCACCUGGUGUCUGGACCGCCAAAAGGACGUUUCAGGAGAGCAGUGGAAGACUUGGAACAUGAAGUAACAAAUGAGCAAAUAUUUUACAAUGUCACUGUUUUUGGAAGAGAGUUUCACUUCAGGUUGCGGCCAAACUCGAAGCUCGUGGCCCCUGGAGCAACAGUUGAGUGGCAGGAGGACUCUGAGGAGACUCACAUUGAACCUCUCUAUGGGAAUUGCCUCUAUGUUGGGGAUAUCACUGACUUGCCAAAUGCUUCAGUGGCUAUCAGCAAUUGCGAUGGGCUGGCUGGCAUGAUCCGCACGGACAAGGACGAGUUCUUCAUUGAACCUCUGGAGAAGGGGGCCCGGGAGGAGGAGGAGGGAGGAGGCAGAACACACGUGGUCUAUCGCAGAGCAGCUGCCAAGAAGCAGCUUCCUAUUGAGAAUGUGGAUACCCUGUAUAAAGCUGCUAACCUCACUAAUUUGGAUAAUCUCGACAGCGCGUUGAGCCUUGUUGAAGACCAGGUGCACAGAUCGAGGCAGCGCCACCGAAGGCACGCGACGGAGGACGAUUACAACAUUGAAGUCCUUCUGGGGGUUGAUGACUCAGUUGUUCAGUUCCAUGGGAAAGAACAUGUUCAGAAGUACCUGCUGACCCUGAUGAAUAUUGUUAAUGAAAUUUAUCAUGAUGAGUCCCUGGGUGCUCACAUUAACGUUGUCUUGGUGAGGAUAAUCCUGCUGAGCUAUGGCAAGUCUAUGAGUCUGAUAGAGAUUGGGAACCCUUCACAAAGCCUGGAGAACGUGUGUCGCUGGGCCUACCUGCAGCAGAAACCUGACACUGGGCACGCGGAGUACCAUGACCACGCCAUCUUCCUCACGAGGCAGGAUUUUGGUCCAUCAGGCAUGCAGGGCUACGCUCCAGUCACUGGGAUGUGUCAUCCUGUCCGAAGCUGCACUCUCAACCAUGAAGAUGGUUUUUCAUCUGCAUUUGUGGUGGCUCACGAAACUGGACAUGUUUUAGGCAUGGAGCACGACGGCCAAGGGAACAGAUGUGGGGACGAGGUGCGCCUGGGCAGCAUCAUGGCCCCCCUGGUGCAGGCCGCCUUCCACCGCUUCCACUGGUCCCGCUGCAGCCAGCAGGAGCUGAACAGAUACCUCCAUUCCUAUGAUUGUCUGCGUGAUGAUCCCUUCGAACAUGACUGGCCUUCCCUUCCACAGCUGCCAGGAAUUCACUACUCCAUGAAUGAGCAGUGCCGGUUUGAUUUUGGUUUGGGCUACAUGAUGUGCACAGCUUUCCGCACGUUCGAUCCCUGCAAGCAACUGUGGUGCAGCCACCCCGAGAACCCCUAUUUCUGCAAAACAAAGAAAGGGCCUCCGCUGGACGGGACCAUGUGUGCUCCAGGAAAGCACUGCUUUAAAGGUCACUGCAUCUGGCUCACACCAGACAUCCUGAAGCAGGAUGGACACUGGGGGGCAUGGAGUAAGUUUGGCUCCUGUUCUCGCACCUGUGGCACCGGGGUGAAGUACAGGACACGGCAGUGUGACAACCCACAUCCUGCCAACGGAGGCCGCACGUGUGUGGGGCCGAGCUACGAGUUCCAGCUGUGCAACACACAGGACUGUCCCAAGGACUUUGAGGAUUUCAGAGAGGAGCAGUGCAGGCAGUGGGACCCCUACUUUGAGUACCAGAACACGAAACACCACUGGCUCCCCUAUGAACACGUUGAUGCUAAGGAGAGGUGCCACCUGUAUUGUGAAUCAAAGGAGACAGGGGAUGUGGUGUAUAUGAAAAGGAUGGUACACGAUGGGACCCGCUGCUCCUACAAGGAUGCUUACAGCAUCUGUGUGAGGGGAGACUGCUUGAAAGUUGGGUGUGACAGGGUCAUAGGUUCCACAAAGCAGGAAGAUAAGUGUGGUGUUUGUGGAGGAGAUAAUUCCCACUGCAAAGUGGUGAAAAGAACAUUUUCAAGAGUACCAAAGAAACACGGACACAUUAAGAUGUUUGAAAUUCCUGCUGGUGCAAGACAUUUACUUAUACAGGAAACAGAUGCCACCACUCAUAAUCUUGCUAUUAAAAACCGUGAGACGGGAAAAUUCAUUCUUAGUGAAGACAACUAUGUGCCAGACUCUAAAGUAUUUAUUGACAUGGGUGUGGAGUGGGAAUAUCGGAAUGACGAUGACAGAGAAACGGUGCAGACCAUGGGACCGCUGCGUAAUGGGAUAGUUAUUCUGGUGAUUCCUCACGGUGGUGCCAAGAUAUCUCUGACUUACAAGUACAUGAUCCAUGAAGAUUCCUUGAAUGUAGAUAACAAUAAUGUUUUGGAAGAGGACUCAGUGUCAUAUGAAUGGGCUUUGAAGAAAUGGUCCCAGUGUUCAAAACCUUGUGGAGGAGGCUACCAGUUCACCAAGUACGGCUGCCGGAGGAAGACGGACCACAAGAUGGUUCAUCGGAGUUUCUGCGAGGUGAUCCAAAAGCCCAAGCCCAUCCGCAGGGUGUGCAACCUCCAGGAGUGCUCCCAGCCCAUAUGGGUUACAGGAGAAUGGGAGCCUUGCAGCAAAACCUGUGGGAAAACAGGGUAUCAGGUUCGAUCGGUGAGAUGCAUCCAGCCCCUCCAUGACAACACCAACCGGUCUGUUCACACCAAGUACUGCAACAACGACCGCCCCGAGGGCAGGAGGCCCUGCAACCGGGAGCUGUGCCCAGCACAGUGGAGAAUAGGACCCUGGUCACAGUGCUCUGUCAGCUGUGGCAAUGGCACACAGGAUCGACCGGUGCUGUGCCGGACCAGGGACAACGCUAUCGGCCUGUGCAAGGAGAAUAAACCAGAGAACGUAAGGAUUUGCAGACUACCUCCGUGCCCAAGAAACGUUUCUGAUCCUUCAAAGAAAACCUACAUGAUACAAUGGCUGUCAAGACCUGAUCCAGACUACCCCAUCCAGAAAAUAUCUUCAAAAGAUCAUUGUCAAGGAGACAAGUCAAUGUUUUGUCGCAUGGAAGUUCUCUCUCGUUACUGCUCCAUCCCUGGUUACAAUAAGCUGUGUUGCAAGUCCUGUAACAUGUACAGCAACACAACAGAGGACGGCAAUGUAACCGAUGCUAAUGUAAAUAAGAAUAAUGUCAUUGAGGAGGAGCUCCAGACAACCCUCAGCCCUCCCGUGGGAGUGUCCACCACCCAGUCUGCCACCAGCCCUCCUCAGGUUCCCAAAACACGUGCACCCCCUUCCAAUGCAACUGAGGAGCACCCAGAAAUCAAUGCAGUGGAUGUUCCCUACAAAGUUGAUGGGUUGGAUAACGAAGUACCACAGCACAACAUCAUUACACGGAGGAGGAUACCUUAUGAAAGGACAAGGAAUCAAAGAAUUCAGGAGCUGAUUGCUGAGAAAAUUAAAAGAGAGACUCUUAGGAAAAUAAACUAAAAUGGAAAUAUGGCACAAACAACAUUUUUCUCUUAUAGAGAUGUUACAAACAUCAUAGUAUUGCCCGUGUCGUAGAGACUAAAAAUGGGGGAAAAUCAAAGUGGUGCUAUGGCAGAGAUGCCAAAUUCUCAAGCCUACUAUAAAUGGAAAUGACAGAUUGUUUGAUAAGUGCUAAUCUGAGCAGUUUGAUGGCUAGGUUAGGUGUACAGGGUACGGCAGAGUAUUAGUGCAAUAUCCCCGCAGUGUUCCACUGAAUCCAGACAAACCGUAAUACUUAGGCCAGGUUAGCAGGUUUCUUGGUUAUGGGCUCUUUUAAGUCUUCUAUACCUGUGUAAAACUGCUUGGGAAUAGUAAUGGGAGUUACACUUAGUAUGGAGGAGAGCAGUCCCAAGCUGUAAUAAAUCCCUUUAACACUGACAAGCAGGUGGUCAGCAAUCCUGUGAUGCUUCUGUGCAUUGCAUAAACCCCAGCACUAACACAGCCCAGUUCAGGAAGGUACCUAAGGAUGUGCCAGGCUCAGUUUGAUGACUUUGGCAGAGCUGCCUCUGUGGUCACAGCUCAGCUUUUGCUCACGUACCUUUCUGAACCGGGUCUGUGUUAGAUAAUAUAUAGAAAAUCCUGUAGCCCUAUAUUUAUGUGUAAAUUAAAAACCAGCAAACAGUAGUUUACAUACUUCCAUAAACAGUUUCAAAGGAUUCUCCUAAACUUUUGGAUGCACGCAAGACAUUUUAGUAGGGUAGAUCUGGCCAACUUGGACUGACAACAUCCUACUCUUUCUGUUUACAAUUAUCCAUAUUUUUGGUAGUCUUUAAAUUCCUCUAAUGCAACAGCCUCAGUGAUCGUUGUUGGUUGGUGCUUUUUUUAUUGGUCUGAUUUUUUUUCUACCCACAUUCUGUUUAACUUAAAGAUGACUGGAUUCUUGUUGU